AUGAGCAGCCGUGAUAGUUGGAUCCCUCUGGCUGCAGGCCUGGUUGUUGGAGCUGUGCAUAUACGUGUGCAUGUAAAGAAGGCGACAUUGAUAGCGCAUGCGGAGGAAUUAGAGCGAAAACGGCUCGCUGCUAUCCGAGCACAAUCACGUGGUACAUCCCCACCCCCGGGAGGCGGAUGGCUGGACUGGAUCUUUGGGGACAGUUCAGGAGGAUGGUUUCCUAUUAUCGGAGGGUCCACAGUCUUCAUGGCUCUACUCGGCCUGGUCUAUCAGAACUUUGAGAAGAUAAAGCAGUUUUUCGGUGCAGGUGGCAAAAAAUGGAAAGACCCAUGCGAAGGACAAGUUCGGAAACCACCUCCGAAGACAUUCAAGUCGUGUAGCUGCGACACCUAA